AUGAGCGGCUGGGAAGGCGUGGGCGCGCUCAGUGGCGAGCUCUUCUCCAGAAACGUGGUGCAAAACACCUUUGGCCGUGGGCUUUCCAACUUGUCUGCGCUCUCCCAAAGCUUGGGGAGCUUCCUUGAAAGCUGCGUGCCACAGGAGCCGAAAGCGCUACAAGACCACACGUGGAAGCUGGGAUACUCCACAGGCUUGAAGCUGUACUGGGAGGAGUUUCAGGAGCAGGAGCAGGCGGAAGAGCGCUACAAGGAUUUGUGGUGGUCCAAAGUGCUCUUUGAUCCUGAUGGGCAUGUGGUGAGAUGUUCGACGGCGACGUUGGAUCCAAAAGGCGUGGGGGUGGCCAGCCUCAUCAUCUCGGCCAGGCUGCGCUACGCCGAAGGGGCUUCUUCCUGCCCUGUGACGGCCAUGGAGCAGGGCGAGGCGCCUUUCAUCCCCCCCGAGCGGUUGCCGGGCCUGCCACAGGCGUUGCAGCUCUUGUGGGACAAGGUGGCCUCUCGCAGCUCCAUCAGCUGGUUUUGCGCCAGCUCGUUAUGCUACUUCGACGUGGCGGUCCAUCCCGGGGUCCAAAACUCCGUUGCGCUGACCAUCGACGACGUGCCUUGUCGCCUGGGGCCGAAGAACUCCAUGCUCCCCGAGGUGCAAAGGCUAUUGAAACAGUACGACGCAAAGGCGACAUUUAUGCUCAUGGGCAAGUUCAUUCCGGGAAAUGAGCAGGACCUGAUAUCUCUGCUACAAGCCGGCCAUGAGCUGGGGAACCACGGGCUGGUCGACAAGAGCUAUGCAAGCGCUUCCCGGGAAGAGUUUGAAGCUGCGGUCGACGAGUGUUCCAGUGGCAUCAAAUCCCUGCAGAGGUCCGCCGGCUUUCCGGAGGCGGUGAGAUGGUUUCGGGCUCCGCAUGCCAAGCUUAGUGGUGUGAUGUCAGAGGUACUGAAGAAGAAGGCCCUCACCAAUGUGAUGUGUGACACAUACGCGUGCUGCCCCGUGAUUCAAGACGGGGAUUUUAUUGGCAGCUUUCUGGCAAAGCAGGCUGAGCAUGGCUCCAUCAUUGUGAUCCACAUGCCGGAGAAGGGCUUCCGGGAGUGGUGCUUGCUGGGUCUCCGGCAGCUCCUUCAGCAGUUGCAGGAGCGGCAGAUGAAGGCGGUGACGGUGGGCAAGUUGGCGCAGCUCGCCGACUGGACCUUUGAGCUUCGCCGGGUGAGGCACUUCAGUGGAGCGCUGUGGCACACACACUUGCUGGAGCUGCUGCACCAGGUGCCAGAGGAGCUGCCGGCCGGGAAGGCGGCAAGCGUGCUGGACUCCUUUCGCAGCCUGCGGCAAUUGGAGGAGCAGCACUUGGAAUUGCAGAGGCAGAGGGAUGUGGAGCAACAGAGUGAGGGGGAGGAUUUGGAGGAGCUGAUUCAUCUCUACAACUCCGAGUUGCAGGCUGUUGAAGCUCGAGUGCACAUGCGUCAUGACUUGCUGGAGAAGGAGCUCUUCUUAUUCCAGCGAGGGGAGGGCCGACUGGAGCACCACGAUGCAGUGGCUGACAGCCGAGACGCCGUGAUGGAGCUGGCUCCUGGUGUUGGUGGCCAGGAGGCAGCUUUGUUCACCGCCGAGCUGAUGGAAAUGUACGAGCGCUUCGCAGACAGCCGAGGUUGGCACUUCCAGGUGGAGUCCUUGAUCGAAGGGCAAUCAGAAAGUGGAGUCAACUUUGCUGCUGUACGCAUAUCUGGUGGUGGCGAUGAGGAGUCCGCCCCGUUUGGAUGGCUGCGGCACGAGUCCGGGGUACAUAGAGUACAGCGGGUUCCGCUCACUGAACGGAAGGGCCGGAUGCAAACAUCCAGUUGCGCAGUUGUUCUCCUGCCAGUGGCAGAGGAGGAAGACUUCAGCCUAUCACCAGGAGAUGUGCAAAUCGAGAUCAGCAAGAAAUCCUCCGGCCCAGGUGGGCAGAGUGUAAACGCAGCUCACCAGGCUGUACGCGCGACCCACACUCCAAGCGGGCUGUCGGUGCGAUGUACUUCCUCACAGUCGCAGUUUGAGAAUAAGACCCGUGCUCUGGAGAUGCUGCGGACGAAGCUUCUUGACCAGCAGUUGUCGGCGCGAGCCGAGAAAGAGCGGAGCCAGCGCAAGGGACAGCGGGGAACUGGGGAUCGAUCGGAAAAGAUCCGGACCUACAAUUUCCAGCGCGACGAGGUGACUGACCACAGACUGCCCAAAGAUCAAGGCGGCGCAGGUCACUCUGCCAAUGAUGUUCUAUUUGGAGCCGGUUUGGAAGGGAUUCUGAAGGCGCACAAGCAUCACACCAGAUUGGCUUACCUCAACCAUGCCGUUGAUUUGUUGAAAGAUGAGCUCGUGCCGAAAAAUGCGAGUGUCCUAUGA